CAGAAAUCUUGCACUUUUGGCUGGUCAGAAUCGACUUUGGACUGCAGCUAAAGAUCUCUCUUCCAUUCCUCAUCCCUCCACCAUCGCCGCGCCCACGCAACCUCUCAGAGCCUCUCAGUGCCUCUCUCAGGGCUUGUGCUUCGCUUUCUCUCCCACCUUCCUACCGAAACGACAACCGUGCACUUGUCUUGUCUUUGCGUCCCGCAUACCUUUGUCUUCAGCGCGGUCUAUCAUCCUAACUCAAUUCCUUUCCUCUGUUAUUCCUCCCUUACCCGCCAGAGGUUGCCUCGCCAGAAUCGUUCAUAUCCCCUCGAACUCGGCCUGCGCCCGAUAAUUCCGACCUCCAAUUCCCUCCAAGCACAAACCAUCACCCGCCUGGAACCCAACUCUCGGGCUACCUGUGUCACUCGCACCACCUCCCCAGCAUUCCAUUCCAGUCGCAAGAGAAAGACGGCACAGACAUUGUCUAUAUUGUUUGUCAACUAAUACCUCUCUCCGAUAUUCGCGCGUCGCAACGAUGCAGUCUUGAGAAGGCUUGCGUGCAAGUUAUUGCAUCACAGAUUUCCGAUUGCAGCCAUCCACCGUCGCCACACUCUUCAGCCCUUGUCUCUACCUUCGAUAUUCCUCGAGCCGAAUCACUAGAUCCUCGACAGAUAUACUAUUUCGAGAUGGAUAAUCAAGGCGGCGGUGCUGGGGGCUCCAACAACUCGAGCGACUUUGUGCGCAAACUGUAUAAAAUGCUUGAAGAUCCCACGUAUUCCUCUGUAGUACGAUGGGGUGAUGACGGCGACAGUUUUGUCGUGUUAGAGAACGAAAAGUUCACCAAGUCAAUUCUACCGAAACACUUCAAGCACUCCAAUUUUGCCAGCUUUGUCCGACAGUUGAACAAGUACGACUUCCACAAGGUACGACAGAACAACGAGGAAGGCGGGACUUCGAUAUAUGGUGCCAAUGCGUGGGAGUUUCGCCACCCCGAAUUCAAGGCCAACAGCAAAGCUACCCUUGAUAACAUCCGAAGGAAAGCUCCUGCUCCUCGAAAACCUUCGAACCUCAGUGAUGAACAAAUACCUAUACAGCAAAUUGACCUCAUGAACCAGCAAAUAGUAGCGCAAGCACAACAAAUCGAGUCUUUAGUUCAGACCACAAAUCAGCUACAGAUGAACCACCAGAUGGUGGUGCAAGAGCUCCUUCGGCUACAAAAGACCGCUAUCAACCAUGACCACGUUAUGCAGGAUGUCAUGACAUUUUUGCACACCGUAGAUGCAAAGCAGCGGAGGGACAGCAAGGCCCUUUUCGCCCCGCACUCCGACCCGGCUCAGACAAGCACGACUUUGACCCCUACCAGCCAGACCAUGCCUCAACAAGAAGAUGAUGUACCUGCAUCGCCUCUGCAACAUGCCUCAAAGCUACUGAGCGACCUCAAUGCUGACGGUCAAUUCAACAUCACCAGCUUAGAGCAGAUGAACACCCACAUCCCCACUCCACCCGUACCUCAAGAUCCUCGAAGUAUGCAAUUCCGAGGGCCCAACUCUGCCACGUCAAGUGGUAGUAUGGGUUUUGUGAAGAUGGAUCCGACCCAACUGGAGACAGUCGUCUAUCCGAUGGGCACGAACAACGGGAUUGACCCCAUGUCUAGCGAAUAUAUUAACAGCAUCCCCUACCCGAUGCCGUCAAAAGAUACUCAACAUGAUCCUCGUGCGCAAUUUGCCGACUCUCGUAAGAAGAGUGGUACAUCCGAUCCGGGCUGGAGUCGAUCGCCGAGGAUAUUGUUGGUGGAGGAUGACCCGACGUGCCGCCAGAUUGGUGGUAAAUUUUUGUACUCUUUCAACUGCGUUGUGGACUCUGCGUUCGAUGGUCUCGAAGCUGUGAGUAAGAUGCAAGAAGGAAACAAGUACGACAUGAUCCUGAUGGAUAUCAUCAUGCCCAACCUCGACGGCGUAUCUGCUUGUCAUAUCAUCCGCCAAUUUGACCGGACGCCGAUCGUGGCUAUGACCUCCAACAUCCGUUCGGACGACAUCCAGAUGUAUUUCCACCAUGGCAUGGAUGAUGUCCUACCGAAGCCAUUCACACGAAAGUCUCUACUUGACAUGUUGGAAAAGCAUUUGAUGCAUUUGAAGAAGGUCCCGCAGAUGGAAGUACCGCCGAUGGCAGCGGUUGCUCCUGCUGGUGGGCUCCCUUCUACAUCACACUCAGUGCGCGAUGAUAUGUCAGCGGGGGCUUCUCCUGCAGGCUCAAGUGGGACGUGGAACUCUCCCAGCCAAUAUUCAGGAGCUUCACCAGUUAAUCCCAACAUGCACCUGGGUGCUAUACCUCCUCAGCAGCACUAUAUCGACGCGAAUGGGAAUUUUACUGCAUUUCAAAGUGGCCCACAAACACCGAUGGGCAUGCGACAAAAUGCGAUGCAGAAUCAAGCGCACAGAAGAGGCCAGUCCGAAAUGUCAGGAGUCGGCGAUAUGGGAAGCGCCAACAAAAGGCAGCGAAUAUACGCACCUCAACAAUCAAUGGCAGCCCCGAUGCGACAAUGAGAGACAACCUUCCGUCGCAAUCUGACCAAAUUAUGGAGGAUCAUGGCCAACUAUUGCCAUGUAUUGUUGCUCGUCGAUGCCCGACAGAUGUCCAAUGGUGCCAAUGAGCCCACCAGCUGCUUCAUGUCAAAGGGGAAGAAUAAGCACGCGAGGUGUCAUGAGUGAACAUCCUCUCCACAUUGGGGACACGAGUUGAUGCACUCACUGAAAUCCGGACUCUGGCAACGCCGCAACUAGGGCGGUGGAACCUUGUGAUAGGGAUACACAGCAACCUAUUUAUGACUUGACGAAAACUAGCAUUGGGAAAGGGGUUCGUGUAUAUGCCUCUGAUUAUACCCUUGUGACUGUGACGGAGCAUGGGUUGUGCUGCCAUGGAACUCUGUGUAGUCCAUGGUAGACACCAUUCCAAGAAAGUGUGUCAACAUCACUGUUUAUGAUCCAAGUGGGAGGACGUUUGAGCGAGCUUCGUGAAAGCAUUUCGUGCCUACGCUGUGGUGCAGUAGACAGACAUCUGUUGUACAGAAAAUCUAUUAUGAUAUAAUAUGGUGAGUGGUGUGGCACGUUGAGUGAGCUUCAGAUACUCAUGACAACGAAGAGAAGCACAGUGCUGGGAUUAACUUCGUUGUACAACUGGUUCGGGAAUCUAUAUUGAUGCGCUGCGCGCUCAAUGUAUCGAUACAAUGGCACCAUCCCAUACCAGACGAUAUAGGUUCGUCAAUCUGGUCACUCUUAAAAGGCCGUCGGUCAUUGAUACCAUAGCUGGAAACAUCUUCACCAUCGAUAUCUCGUUCUCGUUCUCUUUCCUACCAGCUCCCAAUAUAUGGA